AUGGGGAGGCCACCGAAAGCGAUUUUGUUCCAGUUGCUCGUCCUCUGGCUGGCAGUCUCGUGGGAGGCUCGUGUGCCUCCUCCGGCGGCCAUCCCUGCCAACGCCACCGUUUUCUCUCACAUCUACACCAUAAAGCUGGCAGGGGACAGCAUGGAGGGUGAGGAUGAGGAUGCCGCCCGUGCGCCGCAGGAGGCCCGGGGUCCCCCUGGCUCCUCGCAAGGAGGCAGUCUCUACGAGCACACCCUGGAAGGGCCGGAUCAGGAGCAUGUGGUUUUCACCCACCGCAUCAACCUGCCCCCGCAGGCUUGCGGGUGCCCAGCGGGCACGGAGGAUACCCAGGAACUGCGGAGACGGCUGGAGGCCCUGGAGAAUGAAGUGCGAGAACUUCGCGAUACCUGCCAAGCCGGAGGCGGCUGCUGUUCGGCACCGGCUAGCAUCCAGGCGAGCACAGGUCAGACGGACACGCGCACCUUGUGUUCGCACCACGGCUCUUUCGAUCUCUCUCGCUGCCUCUGCGAAUGUGAACCGGGCUGGGGCGGCCCCACGUGUGCCCAGCCGGCUUGCCCGGGAGGGUGUGGUGGCAUGCAGCGGGGCAAGUGCGUGGAUGGGCGUUGCCAGUGCCGCCCUGGCUACUCCGGAGACCGAUGCGAAGAGCCAUCUCCCUGCCCGGACGACUGCAACGACCAAGGCCGCUGCGUGGAUGGACGCUGCUCCUGCUUUCCGGGAUACGUCGGCCCUUCGUGUGCCGAUCCAGCCUGCCCCCAAGGCUGCCAGGGUCACGGACAAUGCGUGUCAGGACGGUGCGUGUGUGACCCCGGCUACUCCGGGCCAGACUGUGGGACCCGCGCCUGCCCGAGCAACUGCAACCGACGUGGAGAGUGCCGGGAUGGGCGCUGCGUGUGCGAAGCGGGCUUCACGGGCCCGGCCUGCGGCACCAAGUCUUGCCCCAAAGACUGUAACCACAGAGGGCGCUGCUUGAAGGGUGGGGUGUGCUCCUGCCACAAGGGGUACACUGGGCCAGACUGUGGGCAGUUGGCAUGUCCAGAGGACUGCAGCGGGCACGGCGAGUGCCAGCAAGGGGUUUGCCAGUGCCAUGACGGUUAUUCUGGAGACGACUGCUCCAUAGAAAUCCCGUCCAUUGGUGUCCGUGUGUCCAGUCGAGAUGAAACCUCUUUCCGCCUAGAGUGGAGCCGCCCGGAGAUAUCUGUGGAUGGAUACGAGAUUCAUGUGGCACCCAAGGAGGAUAACCGGGCAGGGGAAUCUGUACGCUUGUCCAGCACUGAGACCACCUUUGAACGCACAGGAUUGGAACCAGGAGAGGAGUACAAUGUCACCAUCCGGGCCGAGAAAGGGCAGCGCUACGGGCCCCCUGUCAGCCAGACCGUGCAUACGCGGGUGGCCCCUCCUCGAGGCUUGCACCCAACGGGGGCCACAGCAGACACUCUGACCUUGCAUUGGGAUCCGCCCACCAAGACCCCCGAUAGCUACAUCUUAACGUAUGUGCCUCUGGUUGCCAUCCGGCCCUCUCAGCCUCCAAGACGCCUGGAGCUACCAGCAGCGCCAGAUAGCGUCACCUUGGAAGACCUGGAGAGUCGCACCCGAUAUCGCAUCACCCUGAUCGCCCGCCAAGGUGGCGAGAACAGCCGGUCCGUCACCGUCACCGCCAGCACUACUGCGCCUGCAUCGAGCAGAGUAAUCCACCCGUAUGCAACUCCGUCCCCGCCUUCCCAGCUGAAGCCUGGCACUGUCUCCUCUGGUCCUGAGGCCAGGAAGCCAGGCCACAAGCCGCACCCCUUGCCCAGUGCCACCACAUUGUCCAAUGAUUUCUCCCUGAACACAAUGGUGCAAAACAUCUCAGCCACGCUUUCCUCCUUCAACGGGACUCUCCUCGAACGCCUGGAGAGCUACGUCCGCACCAUUAAGUACCCCCUCCGAAGCAAUCAGACUGUAGAGAGCGUGGCCAAAGCCAUCUACAUCUACCUAAUCCAUCGGAAGCCAGUGGAGUUCCAAGAUAUGGUCUAUGGGCGCCUUGGUGAAGGGGCCAACACUCCCACCCUGUCAAACGGCCUCCGGGGUCAAAGUGUCUUCUCAAACGGAUACACCCAUACAGAGCACACCAAGCCGACCGUGGUAGUCAGCUCCCCAGAGAGCAUCGAAGUGUCCUUAGAUGGUGUGACGAGGCUCUCGGACGAAGUGUUUAUCCACUACCACAAGACGGGGAGUCGAGAGCGUCAGGAGUUAGUGGUGCCCGGAGGCACGCCGACGGCUGUCAUCACCGGAUUGACCCCGGGCACAACCUACUAUGUGGAGAUUCACGGGGUGGUGAAAGGACGCUCUUCUAAGUCAUACUCCUUUGUAACCAACACAGCUCCAGGUCCAUCUGCGUCCAAGGUCCAAAGCACAUCGGGGUCCGCCACAGCUCCUGGGGUGCCACCAAGCAGCCUCAAUGUGACUGACGUCUCUCCAAACAGUCUCCGAGUGACUUGGUCUGCCCCGCCCAGUACCUUCCACGCUUUUUCCCUUCAGUAUAGGGAUCCCAAAUCCAGUACAACCCCAGGGGAAAUCAGAGUACCCGGGACUGAGAGGAGUGUCAACCUGAUGGGUUUGAACCCCAGCACUGAAUAUGACCUGGAGUUACGUGGAGAAACACCUAGUGGGACCCACAGUGCUCCAGUAACAACAAAGGCAUCUACAGCCCCCUCAGCAGUGCUGCCAGAAAGGGAAAAGCCCAGCCUGGGAACACUCUCUGUUUCAGAAGUCACUGACAGCUCUGCCCGCCUAUUGUGGGACAGUCCCGCGGGGACCUUCGACUCCUUUUUGAUCCAGUAUAAAGAUGCAGAGAGCAAGCCAAAGGCACUGCCCAUGGACGCCAGCUCCCGGGAGGCCGCUAUCACCGAUUUGGCACCCUCCCAAAAAUACAAGUUUAAUCUCUAUGGACUCAUAGGCCGCAAGCGACUCGGUCCGGUCUCCGCAGAGAUAGUCACAGUACAGGUGAAAAAGGUGGAAUUGAUGGGACCCCCCAGCCUGGGAGAACUUGUUGCCUCAGAAAUCACAAGCGAUUCUGUCCGUUUGUCGUGGAGUGUCCCUUCGGGGAGCUUCGAUUCCUUUGUGGUCCAGUUCAAGGACGCCGAAGGCAGACCCCAUUCUUUGCCAGUGGAGGGGGUCCUCCACGAAGUCGUCGUACCUGGCUUGGCUCCUUCCCGCAAAUACAGGUUCAAUCUCUAUGGCAUCACCAAUCGCAAACGUCUUGGCCCCGUCACGAAAGAUGUCACCACAGCAUCCCGGGAGGAAGAGCCCCUACCGGUCCCUGAACCCGUCCUUGGUGACCUCUCGGUCUCAGAUGCCACCACCAACUCCGUCCGUCUUUUGUGGAGUGUCCCGGCAGGCAGUUUUGACUCCUUCUUGAUCCAGUACCAAGACCCCGAGGGCAACAGCCAAGCCCUGCCUGUGGGCCGAGAUUCCCUUGAGGUCACCAUUCCCGACUUGGUCCCUUCCCAAAGGUACAGGUUCAACCUCUACGGCAUCUCUGGGUCACAGCGUGUUGGACCUUCCUCCGCAGAUGCCACCACAGUGCCAUCUCGAGAGAGGCCAGAUAAGGCAAGAGUGGAUCAGCUCAGCCUGGGGGAGCUCUCGGCCUCUGAUGCUACCAGCAAUUCUGUACGUCUCUCCUGGACCGUCCUCAGUGGGAGAUUCGACUCCUUUCAGGUCCAGUUCAAGGAUGCUGAGGGCAAACCCCAGGCACUGCCCAUGGAAGGAGACUCCCGCGAGGUCAUCGUCCCAAACCUCUCUCCUUCUCACAGAUACAAGUUUACCCUCUAUGGGUUCUCUGGACAAAAGCGCUAUGGCCCGAUUUCCACCUUGGCAUUGACAGCCCAUGCUGUGGAUUCGCCGCCAGAGGAAAGGGUCCCUGUUCAGCCGACCUUGGGAGAGCUCUCAGUCUCUAAUGUCACCCGUGACUCUGUCCUCCUCUCCUGGACAGUUCCUACUGGAAGCUUUGAUUCCUUCCUGGUUCAUUUCAAGGACGCAGAGGGCAAACCCCAGGCCUUGCCCGUGGAGGGUGACUUCCGCAAGGUCACUGUCCCCAACCUGGCUCCCUCCCGCAGAUACAAGUUCAACCUCUAUGGUGUCUCUGGCCGCAAGCGGUCAGGUCCAGUUUCCGCGGACGCCACCACAGCUGCGACAGCAACAUCGCCAAAGGUGACUACAGCGCUGGUUCCUGUUCAGCCUAGUCUGGAGCAACUUGCAGUGGCUGGCAUCACCAGUGACUCCAUCCAUCUCUCCUGGAUUGUCCGCACCGGGAAUUUUGAUUCCUUCUUAGUCCUUUACAAAGACCCAGAAGGGAAGUCUCAGUUGUUGCCUGUGGAGGGAGCUUCCCGCACACUUUCCAUCCCAAACUUGGAGCCCUCCCAGAAAUAUAAGUUCAACCUCUACGGCAUUUUGGGCAACAAGCGCCUUGGCCCUCUCUCCGCGGAUGUUGUUACAGCCCCUGUGCCAGCACCCCCAGAAGAACCAUUGACUCUGAAGCCUAGCCUGGGGGAACUCUCAGCCUUGGAUGUGACUACCGAUUCACUCCGCCUCUCCUGGGGCGUCUCAACCGGGAGCUUUGAUUCCUUCCUGGUUCAGUACAAGGAUGCAGAAGGCAGACCUCAGUCUCUUCCUGUGGAUGGAGGCUCCCGCGAGGUCUUCCUCUCCAACCUCGCGCCUUCUCACAGAUACAAAUUCAAUCUUUACGGCAUCUCCGAUCGCAGGAAAGUGGGUCCGGUUUCCAUUGACGUUUUCACAGCUUCACAGAUGGUGAAACCUACGCCGCCGCUCAGACUAGGGGAGCUGUCGGUGGGCAACAUCAUGCCAAGUUCCCUUGACCUGUCCUGGGAUGUUGAGGCGGGGAACUUUGAUUCUUUUAUCAUUCAGUACCGAGACACUGAGGACCGACCCCAAGCCCUCCCCAUCGACGGGGUCCUACGCUCUUUCCACGUCCACGACUUGGCUCCUUCUCACAGAUACAAAUUCAACCUCUAUGGCAUUUCAGGUCGGAAGCGUCUGGGCCCUGCCUCCAUCGAAGCCACCACAGCCCCCUUACCAACAGCAGCCCCAGCCCAGCCCAGCCUAGGGGAGCUGUUGGUCUCCGACAUCACCAGUGACUCUGCCCGCCUCUCCUGGACUGUCCCCACGGGAACCUUUGACUCCUUCACGAUCCAGUACAAGGAUGCUGAUGGCAAACCCCAGGCCUUGCCCGUGGAGGGGGUCUUCCGUGAGGUCACCGUCUCUGGCCUGGCUCCUUCCCGCAGAUUCAAGUUCAACCUCUACGGGGUCUCCGGGCGCAAGCGUCUUGGCCCUGUUUCUGCCGAUGCAGUUACAGCCCCCUUACCAACAGAACCCCCAGCCCAGCCCAGCCUUGGGGAACUCUUGGUCUCUGAAGUCACCAGCGAUUCUGCCCGUCUCUCCUGGACCGUCCCCAUGGGAACCUUCGACUCCUUCACUGUCCACUACAGAGAUGCAGAGGGCCAAGCUCAGACCUUGCCCGUGGACGGGGAUGCCCGUGAGGUCACCGUCCCCAGCUUGGCUCCUUCCCGCAGAUACAAGUUCAACCUUUACGGAGUCUCUGGUCGCAAGCGCUUCGGCCCCGUUUCUGCUGAUGCUGUCACAGCCCCCUUACCAACGGCAGCCCCAGCCCAGCCCAGCCUAGGGGAGCUCUCGGUUUCCGACGUCACCAGUGACUCUGCCCGCCUCUCCUGGACCGUCCCCACGGGAAGCUUCGACUCCUUCACCAUCCAGUACAAGGACGCUGAUGGCAAACCCCAGGCCUUGCCCGUGGAGGGGGUCUUUCGCGAGGUCACUGUCUCCGGCCUGGCUCCUUCCCGCAGAUACAAGUUCAACCUCUACGGGGUCUCUGGGCGCAAGCGUCUCGGCCCCAUUUCCGCCGACACAGUUACAGCCCCCUUACCAACGGCACCCCCAGCCCAGCCCAGCCUAGGAGAACUCUCGGUCUCCGACGUCACCAGUGACUCCGCCCGCCUCUCCUGGACCGUCCCCACGGGAACCUUUGACUCCUUCACGAUCCAGUACAAGGACACUGAUGGCAAACCCCAGGCUUUGCCCGUGGAGGGGGUCUUCCGCGAGGUCACUGUCUCCGGCCUGGCUCCUUCCCACAGAUACAAGUUCAACCUCUACGGGGUCUCCGGGCGCAAGCGGCUCGGCCCCAUUUCUGCUGAUACCAUCACAGGUCAGCAACAAGAGUUGGAUCUGCUGGCCACCAAGGGCAGAACUCCGUUACCAACAGCACCCCCGGCCCAGCCCACCCUGGAGGAGUUCAGAGUCUCUGACAUCACCAGUGAUUCUGCACGUCUCUCCUGGAUCAUCCCCGCAGGAAGUUUUGACUCCUUCCAGAUCCAGUACAAGGAUGCAGAAGGCCAACCCCAGACAUUUCCUGUGGAGGGGGGCUCCCGCGAGGUCACCGUCCCCAACUUGGCUCCUUCCCACAGAUACAAGUUCAACCUCUACGGUGUCUCUGGCCGCAAGCGCCUUGGGCCCGUUUCUGCCGAAGCCACCACAGCCCCCUCGCCAACAACGCCACCUCCCCAACCCAGCCUAGGGGAGCUUUCGGUCUCUGACGUCGCCAGUGAUUCUGCCCGUCUCUCCUGGACCGUCCCCACCGGACGUUUUGACUCCUUCCAGAUCCAGUACAAGGACGCUGAUGGCAGACCCCAGGCCUUGCCUGUGGAGGGGGUCUUCCGCGAGGUCACCGUCUCCGGCCUGGCUCCUUCCCACAGAUACAAGUUCAACCUCUACGGUGUCUCUGGUCAGAAACGUCUUGGUCCUGUUUCCGCUGAUGCUGUCACAGCAUCACCUCCACAAGAACCCCCAGUCCCCCCCAGCCUGGGUGGGCUGUCUGCUUCUGAUAUCACCAGCAACUCUCUACAUCUCUCAUGGACUGUCCUCACCGGUGGCUUUGACUCCUUCAUGGUCCAGUACAAGGAUGCAGAGGGCAAACCUCAGGCCCUUCCAGUGGAGGGAGCUGCCCGUGAGGUCACCGUCCUGAAUCUCGUGCCUUCCCGCAGAUACAAGUUCAACCUUUACGGACUCGCUGGCCGCAAGCGUCUUGGGCCCGUUUCUACCGACGCCGUCACAGCUGCUCUGGAGGAAAAUUCAGCUCCGCCCACCUUGGGGGAUCUCUCAAUCUCUGAUGUCACCAGCAACUCCGCCCACCUCUCCUGGACUGUCCCCACGGGGAACUUUAACUCCUUCUUGGUCCAGUACAAGGAUGCUGAAGGCAAACCUCAGACAUUGCCCCUGGACGGAAUCGCCCGUCAGACCACCGUCUCAGGCUUGUCUCCUUCCCGCCGAUACAAAUUCAACCUCUUUGGGAUUUUUGGGCGCAAACGCCUCGGCCCCAUCUCUGCUGAUACAGUCACAGCCUCACUGGAGAGGGAAGAUGCAAUAAAGCCCAGUCUAGGAGAACUCUCUGUCUCUGACGUCACCAGCAAUUCUGCCCUUCUUUCCUGGACUGUCCCCACCGGGAGCUUUGACUCGUUCCUGAUCCAGUACAAGGAUGCAGAGGGCCAACCCCUGGCGUUGCCUGUGGAGGGGGGCUCCCGCGAGGUCACCGUCCCCAACUUGGCUCCUUCCCACAGAUACAAGUUCAACCUCUACGGAGUCUCGGGCCGCAAGCGCCUUGGCCCUGUUGCUGCCGAAGCGACCACAGGUCAGCAGAAGCCAGCGAGUCAGCCUAGUUUGGGAGAACUGUCGGUCUCGGAGACCACCAGCGAUUCUGUCCGCCUUUCCUGGAGCAUCCCAACUGGAAAUUUCGACUCCUUCUUGGUUCAGUACAGAGAUGCAGAGAAUAACCUGCGGGACAUCCCUGUGGAGGGUGGCUCUCUUGAGACCACAGUCCCCAACCUGGUUCCUUUGCACAAAUACCAAUUUGAGCUCUAUGGCAUUUUCGGUCAGGAACGACUUGGCCCCGUAGCCACUGAGGCUUCCACAGUGGUGGGGGACAGGACAGCCACGCCGCAGCCGCAACCUGACCUGGGAGAGCUCUCUGUGUCCGAUGUCACCAGCAACUCCGUCCGCCUGUUCUGGAGUGUCCCGCUUGGGAUCUUUGAUUCCUUCCUAGUGCAGUACAAGGAUGCCAAGGGCAAGCCUCAGUCGCUGCCUGUGGGCAAGGAGAUCAGUUCUAUUGUGAUGUACUAUUUGGUGCCUUCUUACAGAUACAAGUUCAGCCUCUAUGGCAUCUCCGGACGCAGGCGCUUCGGCCCAAUCUCGGUCACUGUCGUCACAGCAAAGCCGCAGAAAGAGGCUGAACUUGAUCAACAGGGGGGAACGGAAGAAGUCGCCCCUGGAAGUGAGCUCCGCCUGGGCAACCUCUCUGUCUCUGAGGUCACCAGUACCACUGCCCAUCUCUCAUGGAGCGUCCCUUCAGGAAGCUUUGAUUCCUUCUCUAUCCAGUACAAGGAUGCCGAGGGAAGACCCCAGGCUGUUCCCGUGGGCGGGGGAUCUCACGAGGUCAUUGUACCCAACUUGGUUCCCUCUCAUAAGUACAGAUUCAACCUCUAUGGUAUUUAUGGACUCCAGCGCCUCGGGCCCGUUUCAGUUAGCGCUGUGACAGUGGAUGGGGGCCCGGAGCAACCAGCAGGAGAGGGUGUUCGGCCCCGCCUGGGAGACGUCACAGUCUCUGAGGUCACUCCAGAUUCCCUGCUCCUUUCUUGGACCGUUCGGGAGGGUAAUUUCGACUCUUUCCUCAUCCAGUACAAGGAUGCUGCCAGAAAGCUCCAGGUGCUGCCUGUGGACGGAGCCAUGCGCUCUCUCCACCUCUACAACCUGACACCCUCACAGAGAUACGAAUUCAUCAUCUACGGAAUCUCAGGCCACGAGCGCCUCGGGCCGGUCUCAAUUGAUACUAUCACAGCUCCAGAGAUAGCCCAGGGAGCCCCUGAUGUCCAGCCCCGCCUAGAAGAUCUCUCAGUUUCCAGUGUCACCAGCGAUUCUGUCAGUCUGUCCUGGACUGUCCCUGCAGGGGAAUUUGACUCUAUCUUGGUCCAGUACAGAGAUGCAAAGGGCAAGGCUCAGGUGCUGCCCUUAAACGGUGAUUCCCGUCACGUUACGGUCCCCAACCUGGUUUCUUCUCGCACUUACAAGUUCAACCUUUAUGGCAUUUAUGGCCGCAAGCGUCUUGGUCCCAUCUCCAUCGAUGCAGUCACAGGCACCCAAUCGGAGGAACCCGUUCAGCUCAGGCUUGGAAAACUGUCAGCUGGCGACAUCACUCCUGAAUCAGUCCUCCUCUCCUGGACUGUCGAGGAUGGACAUUUUGAUUCCUUUAUCAUCCAGUACUAUGACGCCGAGGGCAAGGCCCAUGCCUUGCCAGUGGAUGGGGGAUUACGCUCGCUGCGGCUCCACGACAUGACACCCUCUCACAGAUACAGGUUCAACCUCUAUGGAGUCUCUGGCCGCAAGCGCUUUGGUCCGAUCACCACAGAGGCCGUCACAGCUCCUGCAGCCUCUGGCCAGUUAGCCGUUCCGCGACCCAGUCUCGGUGAGAUAUCAGCCUCCGACGUCACCGGCACGUCCGUCCGCCUGUCCUGGAGCGUCACGUCGGGGAACUUUGACUCCUUUACUAUCCAGUACCGAGAUGCGGAGGGCAAAGCCCAGGCACUGCGUGUGGACGGCAGCUCCCGCGAUGUCACUGUCUCCAACUUGGCACCUUCCCGCAGAUACAAAUUCAACCUUUACGGCCUUGCUGGGCGGAAGCGCCUGGGCCCCGUCUCCACUGAAGCUGUCACAGCUCGAAUGUCGGAACCAGAAAAGCGUCCCAGACUGGGGGAACUCUCCAUCUCCGAGGUGACCAAGGACUCCGUCCGCCUCUCGUGGACCAUCGCUGUCGGGAAAUUUGACUCUUUCCUCAUCCAGUACAAGGAUGACGAGGACAGGCCCCAAACGUUGCCUGUAGACGCUGGCUCCCGCUCGUUCGUCGUGUCAGGCCUUCUGCCUUCACAGAAAUACAAGUUCAACCUCUAUGGCUUUUCAGGGAGGAAGCAGAUUGGACCCAUUUCUACCGAUGCGGUCACAGCUUUCCCAGAAGCCAUCAGCAAGCCGGUCACUCUGCUCACGAACCUGGUUGUCUCCGAUGUCACCCCCACCUCCCUGCAGCUCGCGUGGGAAGCCCCCGAGGGACAGUGCGAUUCCUUCCGGAUCCAAUACAAGGAUUCCCUUGCGGGAAGCGGGAACAGCCCCUCGCCGCCCAAGGAAGCUGAAGUGCCGGGGUCCGAGCGCGUCACGGUGCUAAGGGGCCUGGCACCAAACAAAGAAUACAGCCUCACGCUGUACGGCAUCAAGAACGGAGUGGAAGUGGCCAAUAUCAACACUGCGGCACGGACAAGCGGGCUAGAGCUGGACAGUCCCCGGGACCUACGGUUUAGUGACAUCCGCGAGACCUCCGUCUUGACAAAUUGGAGGGCACCCUCCUCCCGCAUUGACCGCUACAAAAUUUCCUUCCAGCCCUUGGAUGGGGGGGAGCCCAGAAGCAUCUCUGUGGAUGGAUCCACGAUCAAAACGAUCAUCAAAGGCCUGACCCCCGGGACCAGCUAUGAGGUCAGCGUGAUGUCGAUCCGGGGCUUCGAAGAGAGCGAGCCUUUGGUGGGCUACGUCACCACAGUCCCAGAUGGUCCUUCCAACCUGCGAGCUGUCAAUGUGUCCGAUUCCUCCACCGUGCUGAUCUGGCAGCCUGCUGUGGCCGAAAUGAACAACUACAUCGUCACCUACGGACCCGCUGGCGGCUCUAGAGUCUCUGAAUCCGUGCCAGGGAAUCGGGCCGAGCUGCAGCUGUCAGGGCUUCGACUGGACACAGAGUAUCGGGCCAGUGUCUAUGGGGAGAAGGAAGGAAACCGAAGCUCCCCAGUCAGCGCCACUUUCACCACUGGAGCUGAUGGACCACGAAAUCUCCAGGCUAGUGAAAUCUCAGCCCGCAGCGCUCGCCUGACCUGGUUACCACCCCGGGCCCCUCCUGGCGGGUAUCUGUUGAGCUAUGAAACCCCAUAUGGACAAACGAAGGAGAUCACUGUGGAGGCUUCCGUCACCUCCUACGAACUCCAGGACCUGUUUCCUUCCAGCCGGUACCAGGUUCAAGUCCAGGCACUGAGGAAAGGCACGCCAACAGCCCCCACCUCUACCUCUUUCACCACUGGGCACCUGACAUAUCCUUUCCCUCAGAAUUGUGCUGAGGAGAGUUGGAAUGGACCAGGGCCAUCUCGGGAAACGACCAUUUAUCUGGGGGGCAACCGGGACCGCGCCAUUCAGGGGUACUGUGACAUGGAGACCGAUGGUGGAGGCUGGCUGGUCUUCCAGCGCCGGAUGAAUGGCAAGACUGAUUUUUGGCGUGACUGGCAAGAUUAUGCCACUGGCUUUGGCAACCGCUCCCAGGAAUUUUGGCUAGGGAAUGACGCUCUGCACCAGUUGACCACCUCAGGGGACUACGAGCUGCGUGUGGAUCUCCGUGCCGGCAACGAGUCUGUCUAUGCCCUCUACAACAGCUUCCGUGUGGACUCCCCAACCGAUUAUUACCGCCUGCACCUGGGCAGCUACAGCGGCACUGCUGGUGAUGCUUUCAGCUACCACUCUGGCAGUGUCUUCUCAACCCGCGACCGGGACCCCAACCGGGUCAUUAUUCCAUGCGCCGUGUCGUACCGCGGGGCGUGGUGGUACCACAACUGCCAUUAUGCCAACCUCAAUGGGCUCUACGCAAACAACCGUGACCACCAGGGCAUCAACUGGUUUAACUGGAAAGGGUUUGAGUUCUCCAUCCCCUUCACCGAGAUGAAGCUCCGACCCCGCGGCUUCCGGUCCCUGCGGCGGGUCUAAGCGAAGAAGCAAGGUUGCCA